AUGGCCGCACCCUCCACCAAUACGACGCAGCGCUUGAUCCGCGAGUUGAAGGAAUACUCCAAAUCGCCCAACGAGGCCCUCUUACACCUCGGUCCUGUCGAUGACGAGGAUCUCCUCCGCUGGGAGGCAGUCCUGAAGGGCGUCAAUGGGACACCCUAUGAAGGCGGCCUAUGGCAUCUCCGGAUCUCCAUCCCACCCAACUAUCCUCUCGCGCCACCCACAAUCCACUUCACCACCAGGAUAUCCCACCCCAACAUCUCCUUCACGACGGGCGAAAUCUGUCUGACGCUCUUAACUACCGAACACUGGAGUCCCGUCUACACGCUUUCCUCCACGCUGACCGCAAUCCAUCAGCUCUUGACCGAUCCGCAACCGGACUCGCCGCUGAAUGUGGAUGUGGCGGCGCUGCUUCGGGACGGCGAUUUGCCCGCGUGGGAGAGUGUGGUGCGGUACUGGACGGGGGAGGAACGGUGGCAGGGUGAUUCGGCUGUGGGUCGGUGA